UAGCUCCACUGCGAUUAAACGAUUUAUACAGGUGUGACGUUAGCGCUCGCAGCUGAUAAGUAUUUCAAUAGCCAUGUGGAAUAGUUUAGGAAAUUUUGUCCUUUGUUGUGUAAAGUGAAUUUUAAGUGUUUAUAUGAUAAUUAUUCUAAUGUGUGAGUAUGGAUAGAUUAUCGCAAAAGUUAAAAAAGGAAAAACAAGUGAAGAAUAAUGAUAAAGAUAAAAAUACUCUAUUUAUUACUGACGUGAAAAGUAUAAAAGAAAACCUUAAGAUAAAGGAAAUAUUAAGAAGUGUCAAAAUGAAUAGCAGCAUGAGAUUAAAGGCUCCUCCUGGUAGCAAAAUUAUGAACAGCAAAGACUUCAACGAAGAGGAUUGUUUUGAAGAGUCCUUAAUGAAUCAAAAUACAAGCGAACCACUAAGUGCAGUAAAUCCAGAUGUUGAUAUUACGAAAGCUGAUUUAGAAGAUCAUGUAGAAAGUGAAGUGAAUACAAAUAAAUGGACUCCAGAAAAAUUAAAUAUAAAAAACAUCGAAAUUGCGGAAGCAAGUGAUUUUACGCCAAAUGAGGCCCCUACUGAAAAAAGAAAUUCUCUUAUUAAUAAUCAAAAAGACAUAAACGAUAAUAAAAACAAUGAUGUAAUUGAUAAAUUUACUGUGUCUUUAUCUAAUGGAAACCUUAUUGAAAAGAAUCGAGAUAGAAAAUUAUCCCUAGACCAUACGAUGCUAUCUAGACAAGAUGGUUUCUCGCAAUCUGAAUUAGAUUUACAUACAAUCGGAAAAUCUCCACUUGAAAGGAAAUAUUCAUUCUUUAGGAAGAAAUUGGACAGUUUUGUUAGAAACACGACCGAAAUGUUUAGAAGACAAAAUAGUUUUUUACAACGUCGUGGUUCCAUGUCAGUUUCACUGCAAUCAUUAAACGAUAAUUGUAAUACAAGUGAAGGUAAUGAAACGAACUGUCCACCACUACAGGAACAGGAACCGCAUGGAAGCAGAACAAGUUUGCAAACGCCGCCGUUUCCAAUAGUGCGCAGUACCUCCAGUACCUCCAGCUUAUCAUUCAGGCAGAGCGGAAACCUGCCGAGUUCGUCAUCACAAACCAGCCCAACUGGAAGCCAGCCUGCACUACAUGGUCCACAUACCACUGAAUUUGAAGAGUCAUAUUCAAAUUCUAAUAGCGUAAACAGCUUAAAUGAGUUUUAUUUAAAAGAAGCAAUGUUGAAUUCCCGCGCUAUCUCGAUGAGUUCCGGAUUGGACGCCCCGUACCGUCAGCAACGCAAGAAGGCAUCGCGAAUGAAUAGAGUGUCAUGGAUAGCAAGUGAAGGUUUAGCUAAUUACGCGCAAAGGAAGAUACAAGACGAGAAAAACGAAAUGCUGACAUGUCAUUCCUAUCAAGAUUUUUCUAGUAUACCAGAAAAUGAAUUGUACAGCCAAAAAAACGAUAACAAGGGUCGAAGAUUGUCCUACCAACGUGCGGUGUCUGGAGAAGAUCCGAUGCCUAUGCAAAUAAAGCACCAAGAUUCCACAUCGAGAAAAAAACAUCAUUUUUUUGAAAAUGGCCAGGCGCGCCUUGAGGUGGCGGGUAUUUUGGAGGAGUACACCAAGCACGGCGUGCCUACUUUACAAGGAUUUGACAUCGAGCCUGUUCCCGAAGAAGCUUUCGCGUACCUCCUAUGGGCAUCCAAGGAGCUGAACUACCAACAAUUUUACAAUGUGAAAGAUUUAACAGAAAAGGAAAGAAUAAGACAAGCUGGUAUUAAUGAACUUGUUUAUACGGAGGCGGAAUACUUGAAACAUUUGAUGACUAUGCUCGAGGUUUACAUUGGUGCGGCGCACGGUUUACAAAACGAAGGAAAAAUGUUGACCAUUGACACGGCUAAAUUGUUUUCUAACUUGCCCGAUGUGCUAAACGCUAGUAUUUGUUUCUGGAACCUGGCUUACGUGCCUAUGUUAAAGGAUGCUAUUGUAAAUGCAAGGCCUUUCAACAUGACAUUCAUGUCUCAUGGUUUCUCGAUGUUUAAAGAAAUCUUUAUACCAUAUGAAAAAUUUGUCGUUGAGCAAAGUAAAGUACAAGAAUAUUAUCGCAAGAAACAGCAAACCGAACCUGAGUUCGCAACGUUCCUAACAUGGUGUACUACCCACAAAGAAUGUAAUAGGCUUCAACUGAGUGACUACCUGGUGAAGCCAAUGCAACGUAUGACUAAGUAUACUUUGAUGUUAGACAGGAUUCUUAGCGAUACCGAAGAAGUCGAUGAGUUUGUGGCUGUUAAGUCUAUGAUAAAAUUGACGAAAGACAAUCUUAUGGACUUAAACCGUUCCGUACGGCAACGUGAGGAAUCAGACAAAAUAGACCUUCUGGAAAACGCAAUUGAAGACUUCAACAUUGGUCUGAAAGACGACGAUGUUGAGAAAAUUUCCAAAUCGUUUUCCAAAUUGAAUGUAAAAGCCCCCAUGCUCCACUGCCUCCCAAGCCACGGCCGAAACGUCAUUCAUCAAGGAGAGCUUCGCUUCCGGGAUGGCGCUAAGGAGAUUGAUGUCCGUGUAAUGCUUCUUACUGAUAUGCUUCUAGUUUGUCGGAAACUAGCUAGAGGCUAUGCGUAUCAGUAUAAGCAGAUUAGGCCUAAAUACAUGAUUGACAAGCUAGUUCAGAUCCCGAAAUUCGUUGGAAAGGAUAAGAAAGAACUCUCCAGCCUCUUAUACAUAGUGAUGGAUGAUCUAGGGUCGGCAUGCGGCAGUUUCUACCUGGCCGAGAUGCCAAAGGAAGAUAAACCUAAGGACAAGCUAAAAACGUGGCUAUUAAAAUUCAAGGAGGCAAAGUUAACUUAUGAAAUUGUUACAUUUAUGGCAAAUUUUCCUGGCAAGGAAGUCGAUAAACUUCUAGUGAGCUACGUUGCCGAAUCCUUAAAUUCAAAGACAAGUUAUGAGGACAGAAUUAUAGAGGAUGCGGCAUACGAACGCGUUGCCACUAUGACACAUCGGAGCAUGGGGGCUUCGAAUGAUCAAAACAUUUCACAGACAUCUUUGAAAAUUAAAACAUUCGACGGUUCACCUUACAUGAAUGAUCAAAUUCUUUUAGGUGCAUUCGUUCGUCAACCCGGACGCUAUAAGAAAUGUAGCAUUGUGCAUCGUACCUCACGUAUACAUAAACGUCCUGAUACUCCGCAAGAGUCGGAAUUACCCAGUUUUCAGCAAUCUACAAGUUCGCGGUCACUCAUCGAGCAACAACCUGGUCCCAGCAGGGCUAAACGCCUCAGCAUUUCUCCGGAUCGCCUGCUACCACCACUACCAGAUACAGCUGAUGGUUCAUCAGUCACUGUUAGAGUGUCUGAGAGCGAAUAUGAAAUGGCGAUGCUACAAGCAACACCAAUGUCGCCACCAUCGCCGUCAAAGACUUCGGAAUGCUCCUCCGGAACGCAAAGCACCCUGCGCGUACAGCCACAGAACGUCGUCGAACUUUAUAACUUACCUGAUCUCACUAUCGAACCCUCUACACCAAGAUCUACAACAAGCCCUACACAACCAACGGCAUCAGAAAGAUUGUAUCAAUCACAUCAUGAAUUAUUGCAAAGGAAUCGUUUUAUGACGACACAAACGCAACAAUACCUCACACCUGACAGUCGAGGCUCAAGCUAUCCACCCCCAAGUCCUACCAGGGGGUCGCUAAAACGUAGUCUUGCGUUCUCAUACUCAUUUAAAAAUCCACCGUUAUCAAAAAUGGGUCACGUGAGCAGCCAGUUGCAGCUAGACACUAUUCAAUAUAGUCAACCACAGGAUGAACGAGGUAGCAGUCCAAAACCAGGAUCUUCCGAAAAAGGUGACAAGAAAUCGAAACUUUCAAGCAGCAGUUUAUUUUCAUCAGUUCCUUCUUCGGUUCGGGGGGAUGGCAUUCAAAACGGGAUGGAUGACAAGAAAAGUCAAGGGGCUUUGUAAGGUUGUCAAGGAGUACAACUAGAGAAGAUGACGAUAGUAAAUCUGAUCCUUGUCACAGCCGUAAGGGUAAGAGUCCGAGCCCCGGCCGCAGAGAUGAAUCGCCUGAUCCAUACAGAAGAGGAGAAAGCU